GGUGUUUGCAGUAAAGGAAGAGAGGAAAAGAAGAAAGCAACAUAAGUAACAUUUACUGGGAAGGAACAGGCAAAAUGAAGGUGACAAUGGUGAAUCUGUUGUUUAUGAUGUUGCUGCUGCUGCUAGGCCUGGGCCUGGGCCUCGGCCUGGGCCUUCACAUGGCUGCUGCUGUCUUGGAGGAGAGUGAUAAGCCACUGGGUGAGUUUUGGCCCGGUGAUCCCCAGGACACAGCUGAGGCCACUGAAGAGGGAAAGGGCACCAGGACCACAGAAGCCCUGGUGCUUGGCUACAAAGAAAUGGUACAACCUGUCUGGCCAGAAGAGACUGCCCUCAAUGAAGAUGAGGUUGGAGGAAGCAGGAUGCUGAGGGCUGAGGCGCUCUCUCAGAGCAAACAAGACUACCUUAGGUAUGACUUCAGUAAUAGAGACUGUAAUACUCUCAUGGCACACAAGCUGAAGGAGCACAAUCAGAGUUGCCUCGGCCAGUACACGUUCAUCCACGAGGAACCGAGCACCGUCAAAGCCGUCUGUAACAGUCCUGUGGUUGACUGCGACCUCAAGGGUGGCAAGUGUCACAAAAGCUCCCGUCCUUUUGAUCUGACGGUGUGCAAGUUGUCCAAACCAGACCAAGUCACUCCCAACUGCCAAUAUCUGACUUACAUAAUUGAAAAGGUCGUUGUCAUAGCAUGCAAAGAAGAUACUAUGUAAGCAACUGGAGGUUAAAUGAAGCAACUCAUACUUUCCCCUUCUCUUCCUCUCAUUGUCUCUCUUCUUUUGCAUUUCCA